AAUCCCAAUGUCCUACUCUUUGGAUUAGGAAACACUUUAGCGCCUUUUAACGUAUGGGACAGAAGGACCAAUUGGCUAAAACGUAGUCAGGCAAUUAACUACAUUUUUGAAAUGGUCAGGUUUUGGUGGUGUUUGUUUCGAAUUAUUACUUUUUUGUCUUCUUGCGGUCUUUAAAUUUUGGAUUAGUACCAAGACUUUUUUUUACUCAUUCUGCUGUACUGUUGCUUAUCCACGUGGUACAGUAGAAUGCACUGUACAGACAUCUGCAGGAUUUUCUUUUAGUUUUUGCAAGUCUGUAAACACCACUACGCUUAUCAUAACUGUUUUCGCAUCGUGGUCCCGUCGUGCAGCAAUCUGUGUUUGCUUUUGGAUUGUUUGUUUUUUCCUGGGCGGGGGUGGAGGCGGAGUUUAACCUGGGGCAGCAGGUAUACGCGGCUACUUUGCGUUACCUACACUUUGUGAAUAGCUGUCACUAGACUGUCCAAUGAAUAUGAGCGAAGCAGUAAAUGUAAUCAGAUUGGUUAUAUGAACAGUACUCUUCCAGAUUAGCAAUUUCUCGAAAGAAGAGAUUCGAUCACAAGAGACUUUGAGCCAUGGCCCAGAACAGUAAAUGGCAAUAGAGGUGCAGCAGUAGAUUUUAUAAGGAAAUGGUCAUCCAACUCUUUUUUUAAAGGCUACACUUUCUCCCAGUAAAAGUUGUAUCUGUCAUCAGUACAGAGUUGCAUUCUACCAUUAAGCACCAUAUUUCCAUCAGUACAGAGUUGUGCACAGACAAUGGACAAAGCAGCUUCUUGUGAUUCUCCUCCAGUGAGAAAAGAAAUGAUACUUAAAGAAGAGGUAAUGGUCGAAGGUAAAUGGGCUAAGCUCGCACAAACAACAUAUACAGACCCUAAUGGAAAAAGCAGGAUCUGGGAAACUGUAAAACGUACCACUAAGAAAACAGGGGCCGCAGAUGGUGUAGCAGUGAUAGCAGUGCUGAAGAGAACUCUCCAUUAUGACUGCCUUAUCCUAGUGAAACAGUUCAGACCACCUAUGGGCUGUUACUGCCUUGAACUUCCAGCAGGUCUGAUUGAUGAUGGUGAAAGUGAGAGGGAUGCUGCUUUAAGAGAGCUUGUGGAAGAAACUGGAUACCAUGGAGAAGUCAGUGGAGUUUCACCAGCUGUUUGCUUGGACCCUGGUUUAACCAACUGCACAACUCAUUUAGUCUAUGUGACGGUUAAUGGAGAUGAUUCUGUAAAUAUCAGACCUAAACAACAGCUUUCUGAUGGAGAAUUUGUGGAGGUAGUUUUGAUACCAGUGAAUGAACUACUAAAGAAACUUGAUGAAAUGGUGCAGAAGGAGGACAUUGUGGUGGAUGCCAGAGUUUACGUCUAUGCCUUGGGAUUAACUGAUGCAAUAUUAAAGCCUGCCCAACUUCCUGUUUUAAAGGCUUGAACAUGUUGGUUAUUCUUUUGCUAAUGGAUUUCUGAAUAGAACUGAUUUACUUUGCAAACGUACUAAUUUGUAUUUAAUACAUGAGUUAUAUUAUUACAGAAAAUAAAGAAUCGGAUGUUUUAAAAA